AGAGCUGUAAGGCUUGUGACACAUUUGGUGAGAUAGCUUUGGCAUGUGGUGAGCUGUUGUUAAGACGAGGGCAUUUUAUUUUCUUCCUCUCUGCCUCAUCCAUUCCAUAUAUUGGUGGAAAAACUAGAGGCCUUUAGGAUCUUCUCUGAGUGACCAUACCAAUUUCCCAGCUCCAGAGCAGAAAAGAAAUGGAGAAAGCAUUGACAAAAGUUGGUAGCUUCUGGAUUUCCCAAAAAGCUAAGGCAGAAAUCUCUAACAUCACUGAAGACCUCUCUUCACUCUCAAACACGGUUGAAGAGAAGGCCAAAUGGAUAUUCAACAAGAUGAAAGGGAAACCAGUGAAGGCCUUGCCAGAUCUUCUCCGAGAGCACAACCUUCCACCGGGACUCUUCCCACGAAACAUAACAUGCUACGAAUUCGAUCAAUUAAAAUCCAAGUUGAUCGUGUACUUCCCUUCCCCAUGUGAAGUGAGCUUCAAGGAUGCAUCAGUGGUGAGAUACGGGACUCGUGUGAAAGCCACAUUGUCAAGGGGAAAGCUGAGCGGAAUCGAAGGGAUGAAAACCAAGGUCAUCGUUUGGGUUAAAGUCACAAGUGUGAGUGUUGAGAGCUACAAAUCUGACAAAGUUUGGUUCAUGGCUGGGGUCAAGAAAUCAAGGCCUAAAGAUGCUUAUGAAAUGCCUCGUGAUGCUGUUAAAGUAGAAGAAUUUUGAGCUUCUUACCAUCAACUUUCUGAUGUAAAUCAUAUAUGAUGAAACGACAUUACCUAUUCAUUGAUCUGUUCAUUGCUUUCCACAUAUGAAUAUGUCGAACCAUUUUUAUAUAUAUUUUUCUUUUUGCUUUAAAUUUUUAGAUAAAUUGCUCUGUUUUUUUUUUAUAACAUAGAUGGUAAUUUUGUGAUUCUCUGCAAUGAAGCUCUGUUGUGGCUCAAAACGAAAAAUAAUUAAGGAUGGUA